GUGCAUCGCGUUACCUUUCAUCUCUCAGUUUUCAACAUGGCGGGUCGCAGUGGCCAUGUGGAUGUCGUCAAUGAAAGGCGACUGAAGCCUUUAUACGACAAUCUUGAUAAUGGCAACUACAAAAUGGCACUGCAGGCUGCAGAUAAACUGCUCAAGAAACACAAGGAUCUUCAUUGUGCUAAGGUGUUGAAGGCACUAGCUCUCCUUCGCAUGGGUCGUAGGAAAGAGAGUCUAGCAAUCACAGAAGAUGUCAUUGAGGUCAAGCCAACGGAUGAGGCUACAUUAUCAGCCCUUUCUAUCUGCUUCAGGGAGAUGCAGAAACCUGAGUUGAUAGUAGAGAUUUACAGCAGCGCUCUAAAGAACCAGCCACAGAAUGAAGAGUUUCACACUUAUCUCUUUAUGGCCUUAGUCAGAAUAGGAAACUGCAAGAGGCAACAACAGGUUGCUAUGGCUUUGUACAAAGCUUUUCCCAAGAAUCCAUACUACUUCUGGGGUGUCAUGAGUGUUGUGAUGCAGGGUCUAACGAGUGUUGACACCAAGCUGGCAUCCACUAUGUACUUUCCUCUCUCAGAGAAGAUGAUUGAGAGAAUGGUCAAGGAGAAUAAGCUGGACGCUGAGGCGGAGGUCAUUCUCUAUCUCAUGGUGCUAGAUUAUCUUGGGAAACAUGACAAGGCCAUAGAGAUACUGGAUGGACCAUUAGGAAAGCUGAUGAACAGUGAAAUUGAUGGAGUACUCAUCCGCAAGGCAGAGCUCUUCACCAAGAUGGAGAAAUGUGCUGAGGCUAAUAACGCCUAUAGAUCAUUGCUACUCAAACAGCCAGACAAUUGGUUUUUCUAUGAACAGUACUUCACUUCAGCCUUCAAGCUCCUAGAUGCAUCAUGGACCCCUCCUGAAGAUGAACAAGAGAAGUCCAAGCUUGGUGAGGUUGACCAUACCCUGGAUCUGGUGGUCAGCUUCAUCCAGGAGCAGAUCGUUACAGAGGAAGCCAAGUCUAAGAAUUCAGGGGAUGCAGGAGUGGACCGGUCACUUCGAGGACCUUACCUUGCUAGGCUGGAGUUGAUUCAACAGCUUACAAAGAGAGGGGCAGGUGAAGAGGCAAGGGAAAGGAUAGGUUCAGCUCAAGAUCACAUCAGGCAUUACCACUCUCUCUUUGGUGCUAAGUUCUGUUGCUAUAGUGAUCUGAGUAGAUACACAGAUCUCCUAGGUGAUGAGGAUGGAGCUAUCUUUACUCAGAGUCUGGUGGAAGAUCGUUUGCCUUUAGAUGAGGAGGAGGGUCUCUCAAUUGCUACCUCUAUCAAAGGUCUUCAGAGGCACCUUAGCACCAUUCAGUUGAGCAGAAGAUUGGGUAUCCAAUCUACUCUAUCAUCGGCAGAGAAACUAGACGUUGCUAUGGAGAUGGCUGCAACUCACAGGCAGAGUCUGCGGUUUGCUGCAGGGAACAUCUCGGCUGAUCAUCAGUAUGCUGACGACUACCUCUUACUAGCUGUACAUAUACUGUUAGAUGUAUGGGAGGAGACUGGUGAUGACCAGCAUCUAUGGAAGAUGAUUAUGAUGUUAGAGAUGGGAAUUACAAACAGCAAGAAUAACAGUCAGAUGAAACUACUUCUCAUGAGACUUUACUGUGUAGCAAGUGUGUUUGGUCCCAUCCCUGAUCUCUUCACCAGCUUAGAUAUCAAACACAUACAACAAGACACUCUGGGAUAUAAUGCAGCUAGCUUUGUGAAGUCACUAGGCCACUUUUCAUCGGCCAACUCACUAUACAAUUCAACUCUUAGGUUCUUCACUUCAAAUCACAAAGAUACAACAGAACACAUCAUAGCUGCAUACAAGUUUGGAUCAUUUCACAAGAUCCCUGAGUUUCUGUCUUUCAGAAAACGAGUAAAGCAUUCGCUUCACUUUGCUCAGGUCACCGUGGAGAAGAUGUUGCUUGAUCUCAUGCUAGAAUCAGAGAAUAAUAGCAAAACAUUUGAAGACAUUGUUCAAGACAUGGAAAUCAUUCCUGCAAAUGAUGACACAGACUGGGAUGACCUCCGUGAUAACAGAGAUCUCAAAUUUUUCAUCACGUGGUCUCCUCAGGAAAGGCAACUGUCAGAUGAAGACAUUGAGAUAUCGUCCCAACAGGAGAAAUCAUGGCUGAGGUUACGUAGCCUCUCAUUGAGAUCUCUAGCAGCCGCAGCCCAUCUCUCACCUCAGCAGGUCAGUAAUGAGACCCAGCAAGCAGAGACUAAUACCAUGGCUGCCAGCAAUAACGGAGAGUCUGUGGACAAGAGUGACAUAUUGAAACGAUUGCUAGAAGAUCUUACUAGCCAUGUCGGAACAAUCAGAGAAGACCCACAUCUGGAUCAGAAGUACUGCACCCAAGGUCCACCUAAGACGAAUCUGUCCGAGUACUUAGCCGGGAAACAUGAUGUCAUUCUAACGGCAGGCUUAAAGAUGGUUCUUGGUUCUCAUGAGUUCUCCAAUCUCAGCUCAGACGAUUCAUCCUAUGAGGAGACACAGACUAUGAUAUCACAAGCAAUGAAGGACAUCCUGUCAAACUUACAAGAGUCGUUGAGGAGAAGUAGAAGAAGCUUGAUCAUUGAGAAGGAUGGUAAGAAGACCUUUGACAGACAUAUACUACCAGAGACUGUCCAAUUGGUCGAGACAUUCAUCUUCAUGAUCCUGUUGAGUAGUGUAUGCUUCAAGAUGAUGAAGAAAGUCAAGCAAGCAGCUCAGAAAAGAGGCAAGAAGAAGAAGGGAGCACCUCCAAAACCACUGCCGGCAGUGAUAGAUCAGUUCAAGUCCUACAUGGAGGAGUUUCAUAUACUGUUAGAAGGUCUUCAUAUGGCUGUCAUGGAUACUGAUAUGGUCUUCCUUGCUCUCAAACUAGACCACAUGCAGCUCACUGAUGGAGAUCAUGAGUGUUUCACAGAAGAAGAAGAGAGAGCCAUUUGGUCCAAGGUUGAAGAGAGCUACCAAGAAUCCUGUAAGGAGAUGUCGGAUGCCCUCAAGGGCAAAAUAGAGUACUUUGUCUCUCUCAAGUUAUGAUGAAGGACCCCAUCAGACCAGGACUUUCUGGGGAAUCCCCCCUUUCUCUGUAGGGGAAAUCCCCUGCCAUAGAACUGUAGACACAUUGCUUUGAAUGGAUGUUGUGUGUUCUUCUAAUGCGGAUUACACACCAGUUAACCAGAGGCAUGAUAGGCUUUCUUCUUGAACAUGAAAGCUUAAUAAUCUUCUUAUGGACAUGGAGAUUUGUCUGUAGCAACGGGCUUCUCAAUGAAGAAUUUCAUAGUUUUCCACCUUUGUGCUUAUGCAGUGAGACUAUGAAGAAAGGGGCUAUGGAUUGUUUAAACUAAACCUGAGGAUGAUGUCAAUGUCUUUUGCUUUAAACAUCAGAAAGAUAAUGUCUGUUCCAGAUGUGUCUUCUUUUUUAUUUACUUAUUUGUAUGAAAGAGUGGCUGCAGAGAAAAUGUGCGAGUGCGUACAUUUUGUUGAUUGGUAAUCCAUGGUUGGUUGAUUGGGAUUGGAGUGACCUGUAUUGGUCAUUUGUAUCGUACUUCAGAUACUCACAGUAGGUAUUUAGUGUAAGCACAGUCAAUUAUUGUUAGUAAGUGUCAUUUUCCGGUGGAGAGACAGUCAAAUUCAUUCUGAACGUGGGCUAUCUUCAAGAAGAUGUACUUUUACUCCCACAAGCCUGUAAGCAACCUGUGGACUAUCCAAGAAUGUUAUGUAGAUUUAUUGCUACUGAAAGUCUUAUUUAAGUGAAAUUAUUCAGAAUUAGGCUCUUACAAUAUAAGCACUUAUGUGUAUCCUUUGAAUAUGAACAUCUCCCCAGUGUAAUUUUGUUCUACAGUUUUCUAUGACAAGGAACUUUGUCCAGAUGUAUCGGCAUUCCUCAAAUCGGGUCUAGGGGCAGGAUGCUUAACAUGAAAGCACAAUGUUAGAGCUAAAUAGAUCUGCCAGCUUUGCCAAUGAAUUUGAAAAGGGCAGUGCCAGAGCAUCACAAUUUGUGUUUGUGUGUUAGCUAUAUCUCAGUUAUAGGUGUGACUUAUGACUAAAAUGAACACGGUGUGUAUUACCUCUUCACAAAGCCAUUGAUGUGAUCAACACCAUUUUAUGCUUUAUUGCAUUUAACAGUGUAAAGGCUUAGUACUAGAUACUGAAUGCACAGAGACCAAUCGUGGUAAAAUUCCAUGAUCCUUAGCAGGACAUACAUCCACCAAAAGUUAGGACACAACUAGGAAAAGGUUAAGCAUUUUAAUGUAACUUAAAACACACACACACACACACACACAUUAAAACAAUGACAGAGCUGGCGUUCUGUGAUACAGGUACAGUACAAUUAUUUAUUGAAAACUGUGUGGCGUAAUAAGGAUUAGUAUUGGAAUAGAUAACAUAUUUUAAGGAGUUAAAUUGAAACGGAUGUUAUAUUGGAAUAGAUGUCUGGAUGAAUUACAGAUAUCAUUUGUUUGUGUAGAGGGGAUUAUGAUUGAUACUAUGCAUGUGUAAUGCAGAGUGAAGUAGCAGUAUUGGAGUUUAUAGAUCAAUCUUCUAUUGAAGCCAAGCUUAUGGAUGCAACUUCUCUUAAUCCAUUUGGGUUAACUAUUCUCAUGUCAUGUGUGAUAGAAUCUCUAUUGUUAGAAUCCAUCUUGUAUACCCUGUUCACUAAUCGUUGCUAUGUUGGGUAAUCAUCAUACAUUAAGAAGUUUGCCUGAGAUUAGAUGCAUUAGUAAACCGGGCCCGUUGCAUAAAACUUACCAUUGAUGGUAACUUUGCCAUCAAUGGCAACUACCAUGGUAACAGGGCUAAACAGCCAAUCAAAAUCAAGGUUUCCAUGGUGGUUACCAUUGAUGGCAAAGUUACCAUCAAUGAUAAGUUUUGUGCAACAGGGCCUUGGUCUAUUGUUUUAUAGUAUGUACAUGUAUUAAUUGACUAGAAUGUUGAGGUACAAUUCAAAUCUGUGUUUACUGAUAAUUUUGUACUUCUUUUGAUAAGAAAGUCAAAUGGUCUUUUGCAUAGAAAGUUGUGAUUAAAUGCCAACUUGAGUUUAACCAAUCUUCAUUGCACACAA